UAGCAUUAAUGGCGAAAAGAUAAUAUCUCCACGCUUUCACACUAAUUAAUCUCACACAUAUCUUUUUAUUCACAAUCUUUUGCAAUUCCAAUCAAUCCCAUCAGUUGUUGAGCUCUUCUUCCAGUAAAGCCCAGUCGACCAUUAUCGUUUAUGCCGAUGGCGUCUUCCGCCGCCGCCACCACCACCGUCGUGCCUGAAAACAUCGCCGAUUUGCUCGGGGAAGUUGGCAUCUUCACCGCCGCCGGCGAGCCGGUGAAAUUUAAGGACCUUUGGGAUCAAAAGGAGGAAGUGGCUGUUGUUGCACUUUUGAGACAUUUUGGAUGCUUUUGCAGCUGGGAGCUUGCCUUAGCACUCAGAGAAUCGAAGGAGAAAUUCGACUCAGCCGGAGUGAAGCUAAUUGCUGUUGGUAUUGGUACCCCUGACAGAGCUCAAAUUCUUGCUGAAAAAUUGCCGUUUCCGUUGGAUUCCCUCUACUGUGACCCUGAUCAUAAGGCAUACGAUGUGUUGGGCUUGUUUUAUGGGAUUCGUCGUACACUUUUCAGCAUAGCUAGUACCAAAGCUUUUUCGAGACAACUGACGAAUCCUGUGAAGAACUACACUAUUAAAGCCACCCCAGAUGAUAAAAGUGGCGUCUUCCAACAGGGAGGGAUGUUUGUGUUUAAAGGGAAGGAAUUAUUAUACGCGAGAAAGGACGAAGGGAGCGGUGAUCAUGCACCGUUGGAUGAUAUAUUCAAUAUCGUAAGUCCAUCGGUUGUAUCUACUCAUUAAGGAGUGGUUAUUUGUAUUUUGAGUCCACAAAUUCUAUUAAUCUUGUAUCUGUGUAUUCGUGAUAUGGAUUCAUAUGCUCGAUAUAUAUAUUUCGUUUGGAUGACUACAAAUAUCGAAUACUUGGAAAUAAGUGAUGUAAAUUUCGUUUGGAUGACUACAAAUAUCGAAUACUUGGAAAUAAGUAAUGUAAAUUUCGUUUGGACUGUAAAACGGUUGAUUUGCGUGGUCAUUGUUAUUGUUCAACUCUCAGUGGGAGGCGGAUUGUGUGUGUAUUCGUGUUAUUAAAUUCUUCGUUUUC